GGCUCCGGGGCUGACCGGUGGAGACAGACAAGAGUUGCACGUAACUGCACCUCCGGUCGUUUCCCAGGGUGCCGCUGCGGCUGCCGUUAACGCGUUACUAUGAGUCUGUACGGCUCUCAGAAGAAUCUUCACAUGAGUCGUAGGAGCGGCUCAAGAGGCGACUUAACCGGCGGGAUGGCACAACAAUACGCGCGGAGUGAUGUGGUGCACGGAGGCGGUAAUGGAUACGACCCUUACAUGGAGGGAUACAACACCUACACCUUCUCAAAGUCCUCCCUGGGUGGAGGAGUUCCGGGGGGCGGUAUGGUCAGCACGUCGAUGAUGAGCGGCGGUGGAGGAAUGAUGGGCGGCGGUGGAGGAAUGAUGAGCGGCGGUGGAGGAAUGAUGGGCGGCGGUGGAGGAAUGAUGAGCGGCGGUGGAGGAAUGAUGAGCGGCGGUGGAGGAAUGAUGAGCGGCGGUGGAGGAAUGAUGGUCGGCGGAGGAAUGCCUGCAGGAAUGAGCAUUACAAAUACCGGAUACAAGAUUACGAGUAGCCAAGGACCUGCGAAAGUUUACUCAUGGCAGUACACCGAGGAAGAGCAGGGUGCCUCCAGCCUCGGUGCCAUCCACCAGAGAGCUAUGAUCCUGCAGAACCAGUGCCAGGAUUAUCUGAGGCAAGCCGAAUACGCCCUCCAGUCUGGUAAUAACCCGGCUGAGGCAGAGCGCAACAUGGUGAUGGCUAAAGAGACUAUCGAGCAGCUGAAAGGCUGUGCGAUGGACCUGAAACAGAUGGGACAAUCUAAUGACAACGUGGUCAGAACCCUAGAGAUAUGUAAAGACCAGUUUAAGGGAGUCCACAUGGCAAUCUCAGGCACCAUUAAGAGGAGGAGGAGCGACAGAGGGAGCUCUGGAGGCUGGGAGGAGCCACCGAGAAGCUUCCAGGACGCCAUGGGCUGGAUUGGACAGCAAAAGCGUCUGAUUGAAACGGCUCCCUGGGGGGAAGAUGCUGCAACCAUUGACCAGCAGCUGAGCAGCCACCAGAGGUUUCACAGCUCCAUUCAAAGGAGCCCAGAGGUGAUGCGAGCCAGAGACGAACUGUUAAAGAAAGGGGACAAAGCCAGUCUUCAUGCUCUGGACCAAGAAUGGGACAGUCUGCAGAAAAUGUCAUUUGGUCGGACUGAGCAGCUCCAGGAGCUUCAGCAGGUCAUUCAGGAGAUGUCUAGAGAGAUCAUGUGGGUGAACGACAAAGAGGAGCAGGAGCUGGUGUUUGACUGGGGAGACAAAAACAUCAACCAGUACAUCCCCAAGAAACAGGAGAGCUACUCGCAACUGAUGAGCUCCCUGGAGGACAAAGAAAAGGACCUGAACAAACUGAAAGGCAAAGUGGACAACCUCCUGAAGAACAACCAUCCUGCUGCAGACAAGAUCGAGGCUUAUCAGGACACUCUGCAGACUCAGUGGAGCUGGCUCCUUCAGAUUACAAAGUGCAUUGAUACCCAUCUGAAGGAGAACUCAGCUUACAGUCAGUUCUUUAAGGAGGCCAAUGAAACGUACAACGCCCUGCAGAACGAACACGAGACGGUCCGUAAAAAGUUCGUCUGUGACAAGAACACACCAUUGGAGGGACUGCUGGAGCUCCUCAGAGGACUGGAGAGGGAGAAGGAGAAGAUUCAGGACAACAAGAGGCUGGUUCAACAUCUGGUCAACCGGUCUAAGAGCAUUGUGAGGCUGAAACCCAGAAACCCAGAGGAAAAGAGCAGCAGCCCGGUCAUCGUUAAGGCUCUGUGUGACUUCAAACAAGACCAGAAAGUGAUCUGUAAGAAUGAUGAGGCAAUCCUGAAGGACAACAGUCAGCGCAGCAAGUGGAACGUCACAGGUCCCGGAGGACUGGACAUGAUGGUGCCCUCUGUGUGCCUGAUCGUACCGCCUCCUAACCCAAUCAGCAUCAGUCUGGCCAACAAGAACGAGCAGUACUACGAGGCCAUCCUGUCAAUCUGGAAUCAGCUUUACAUCAACGUGAAGAGUCUGGCCGCCUGGCAGUACUGUCUCCAUGAUAUCAAACACAUCAACUCACUUACCAUCUCCAUGCUGGCUAAGAUGCGUCCUGAGGAGUACCGACAGAUCAUCAACAGUCUGGAGACUCACUUUGCAGAGUUCAAAGUCAGCUGUGUGGGCUCGGAGAUGUUUGCAGAAGAGGACAAAAGAAGCAUCGAGAGCCAGGUCAACGGAGCCCAGAACCACUACGAGCAGCUGGUGGUCCAGCUGCCCACAUACAUUAUUCAAGAACGGCAAGAAUUAAACGCCAUUGAGCUACAAAAGCAACAGGAAUGGCUUUUGCUUCAACAGCAACAAGCCGAAGAGGAAGCCAGGAGACUCGAGGAAGCCAGGAGGCUCGAGGAAGCCAGGAGGCUCGAGGAAGCCCGGAGAUUGGAGGAAGAACGACAGAGACUGGAGUUAGAAAGGCAGGCGAAGAAGAAAGCAGAGGCAGCGAAGAGAAAAGAGCAAGUGAUUAGAAAGGAGGUGCACGUGAUAACGACAGAGCCGCCAAAGAAGAAGGUGGUGGUGUCCUCGUCCUACAGCUUAUCAGAGCUGCACGCGCUCAGACUGAGGCUGGAUGGUGCUGAGGACCUGUUGAGUCAGCAUGUUCACAUUUGUCUGGGGGAAGAUGGGGUCUAUGACUGUGGCCUCAAGAUCUCUCAGUUAGAGACGGUGCAGCGUGAUGUUGACUCGAUGCGUGAGGAGUACUUGCGUCUGAAGGAACGUAUCACGAAAGAGCUGGAGGGUAUGAAUGAUGCAGAUAAAGCCCAGUUUCUCCACAGCGAGCUUGGAGUCAUCAAUCAAAGACUGGGCAGUCUGGAGGGCAGCUCAUCAGCUUACCUACAGCGGCUUCGGGCUCUAAGGGACAUGCUGGAGAGUGUGGCGCGAGCUGAAGACAUUGUGAAAGUUUAUGAGGCGAGGCUGACCGAGAAAGAAACCACCUCACUGAGUCCUAGUGAAGUGGAGGAGUAUAUAUUGGCCCUGAAGACCAUGAAAUCAGAGCUGGAUCAGAAGAGAGACAUUCUGACCUCCAUGGAGGCAGAGUUGUCCAAGGCAGGUUACUGGAAUGGACAGGUGGGAGCGCCAUUCCACAGGUGUGACAUGAUGCUGUCCAAAUACACUGAGCAGGUGAACCUGCUGUCAGACCGCUGGAGACGAAUCCUGGCACAGAUCGACACCAGGGUCAAUGAUCUGCAGUGCUAUCAGCCUCAGCUGCAGCACUACAAAGAAACCAGCUCCUCCCUCAGCGACUGGAUUGGUGCCACAAAGCAAAAACAAGACGCCCUGCAGGCCACCAAAAUUACCAGCAUCGAUACUCUAAAAGACCACAUCAACAGCCAGAAGACACUGAACACAGAAAUCAAAUCCAGGAGAGAGACGGUCGACAGUGUGCUAAAGGACAAUGAUGCCUGUGUGAUGUCCAUCAAGGACUAUGAAACCGACCUUAACUCUUACACCUCUGGUUUGGAGACUUUGCUCAACAUCCCUAUCAAGAGGACGAUGCUGAAGUCACCAUCUAUGGAUCUUAAUCAAGAGGCUACACAACUGCAGACUCGUUACAUGGAGCUGCUCACUCAGUCUGGGGAUUACUACAGAUUCCUGGGAGAGCUGCUCAAAAACAUGGAGGAGCUUAAGAUUCGUAACACCAGGAUCGAUCUGUUAGAAGAAGAACUUCGCCUGCUAAGAGAAAGCAUGCAAGAUCAAACUUUCAAGUACAAAUCCUUGGAGGAUGCUCUUGCUAGCUCUCGGCUGGAGCUCUCUGCGUCCAAAGACCAGCUGUUGUCUAUGGAGGCGGUGAAGGCAAGCACAGCAUUUGAGGUUAAUGCCACCAAGGACAGCCUGAACAGCACCCAGAGCCAGAUGGCUGACCUCAGAGACCAGGUGGCCCGUCUUACAUACUUACUUGAGGAGGAAAAGAGGAAGAAGAGGCUGGCAGAGGAGCGCUACACUCAACAGCAAGAGGAGUAUGAAUCAGUGCUGGGUAGGAGGCAGAAAGAGCUGGAGACGGUUAGCUGGUCCAAGGUGGAGUUAGAGAAGAGUGUUGUGAAUAAGGAGCAGGAGAUUGAGCAGCUGCGGCGGCAGCUGGCUGAUGAGGCAGCGAGGGUGAAGGAGCUUCAGAGGGAGAUUUCAAAGGUAAGGAGCCAAUGCAGUACGGAGAUCAAUAAUCUAAAACUCAACUUCGAAUCCCAGAUCCAAGUUAGCCGCACAGACGUACAGAGACUGGCAGCCCAGAGGGAUGAGGAUACAUCUGAGCUUCGACUACAGUAUGACAGGAUUGAGGUGGAGAGGAGGGAACUGGAGGAGGAUCUCAGGAGGAUCAGGUUAUCUCUGAACCAGGCUGAGGAACAAAGAAAGAGGGCUGAAGAGGAAGCUCAAAGUCAGCGUGCAAUUAUCACAGAGGAAGGGCGCAGGAGGAGAGAACUAGAGAAUAAGGUGGACGGUCUGAUGAGGCAGAGGGAUGAGCAGAGCAGUCAGUAUGAAGAGGAGCUGGCUGAAGUCAUGAAGCGCCUGCAGGAAAAGACUGAAGAGCUGACCUACAUUACACAUAAUUUAGAGGAGGAGACCCGCAGGAGGAAGACUAUAGAGGAAGGGCAGGGUGUACUGGAGCAGACUUUGUCCCAGAUGCAAUCAAAGCUGAGUGCUUCAUCGAUGACUGCGGCCCAGCUUCGAGAGUGCAAGGAUGAGCUUGAGAAGUUGCGUUUGGAGCUAGAGAGGGAGAGCAGAGAGAGAAGCAGAGUAGAACACAACAUGAGCAGACUACAGGGCCGCAUGAAAGACCUUCAGGCUGUGAGAGAUGGGCUUGAGAGCCAAGUGGAGAACCUGAGGCAGGCUAACCAAGAGGAGAUAGCUAGAAGAAAGCAGGUAGAAACAGAGCUGGAGAAGACCACCACAGCAAUUACAGAGUACAGCCGCACCAUUACAACACUUCGCCAAGGCCAAGAAAAUGCCAGCAUGUCAGAGAAAAGAGGUGAAGAACAGCGCCUUAGGUUGCAAGGGGAGCUGGAGGAAAGCUUGAGACAAAACAAAACCUCUGCAGAGCGCAUGUCACAGCUUGAGGCCGAGCUCAAGGCUCUGCAGCAACAACUCCUCCAGGAGCAGGCCAGAGUCAAAGAGGCAAACCUCAAGAAUGGAAGUCUGUACAAAACCAUAGAGGAGAAGAGUAAAGCGAUGAGUGAGAGCUCUGCAGAGCUUCAGAAGCUGAAGAAGAUGAUAGAGAGCCAAACAAAAGAGAGGCUGAGGCUGGAGGAGGAGUUGAGGGUAGCCAAACAUGAUAAAGAGGAACUCCUGAAAUCCAAAAAAGGCCACGAUGACAAGCUCUCCUCUCAGAUUACCGCCCUGCAGCUGCAGCUUCAGACCAGUGAGCGCAGUAAUGUAGAUUACCGCAACCUGGUCUCAGAGCUCUCCUCUGAGAGGGAGAAACUCAUGCUGGAGACUGAGAAAAUACAGAAGCAGGCGUCCGAGAUAACAAUCACGAUGCAGUCACUCGAGUCCAAGUAUAAUGACAUAGUGUUUGAGAGAGAUGAACUACUGCGAAAACUGAAAGUAUCCGAUAAGGACAGAGACAGCCUCCAAAGGCUAGAAGAUGAACUCAGUCGCCUCAAACUAUCCCUUGAGUCUGAGCUUCGCAAUAAGCAGCGUCUACAAGACGAUAGUGACAGGUUAAAGAGAGAUUUGGGCCACUGGAAGGACCAGUAUGAAAGUAAGCAGGAGCUGGUCAAGCAGUAUGAGACAGACAAGGACCGUCUGGAGAGGGACAAGAAUUCACUGAAAAGCGAGAUAGAAAGGCUGAUGAGAGAGCUCAGGGAGCUCGAAGAUACGUAUAAAAUUAAGCUGUCUUCCAUCCAGAAGGAACUGAAAGACAUGACCACUCUUAGACUAAACUUGGAAGCUGAGCUGAAGAAAUCUAAAGAGCCUCCACCCUUGGAUGCCUCCAGUGUGAUUUUUGAUGGAGUCCGCAAAAAAGUCACAGCAGACCAGCUGCUUGACUGUGAUGUUUUGGACAAACCAACAUUUAGCCAGCUUGCAAAGGGGCACAAGACUGUCCCUGAGGUGUCUGCUGACAAAAAGAUUAACCUGAAAGGUACAGGCCCAAUAGCUGGGGUUUUGGUUGAAGGUCAGAAAGGUCCAGGCUCUGCAAACAGACUGCAGUUCAAAAUGACGUUUGCAGAAGCCAAGAAACAGAAACUUCUGCCACCUGACAGCAUCGACCUGUUACUGGAUGCUCAGGCUGCCACAGGCCACAUAGUCGAUCCCAGAACUAAUCAGAAGUUUACAGUUGAAGAAGCGUGUGAUCAAGGUGUGGUUGACGAAAAGGACAGGGACAGGCUGAGAGCAGCAGAAGCAGCAGCUGUGGGGUUCAGGAGUCCCUCCUCAAACAAACCACUUUCAGUAUUUGAGGCCAUGAAGAAAGGAUUAACUGACAAGAACACAGCACUGCGCCUCCUUCAAGCCCAAGAGGCCACAGGAGGCAUCCUAGAUCCAGCAUACAGUGUGUUCCUCCCCAAAGACACGGCUGUUGAGCGUAACCUCAUUGAUGAUAACACACUACGUGCUUUAAAUCAGAGGCCUAAACUUUAUAUGGACCCAGAGACUGAAGAGGGUGAGACAUACAUGGCACUGAAGAGGAAAUGCAAGGUGGAGCUAAAUACUGGCCUCCUGCUUCUUCCUGUCACUGAGAAGGUAGAUUCCUCUAAACUUGUCUUUGAUGGUGUUCGCAAACCGGUCACAGCCAAGGAGCUGGCUGAUUGUGAUGUGCUUGACAAGCAAACGCUGAAAGAUCUAGAGGAGGGAAAGAAAACUGUUCCAGAAGUGGCUUUGGAUAAAAAGGUGUAUCUUAAGGGGACUGGACCAAUUGCUGGGGUGGCAGUUGGACCUUUAGAGAAAAUGUCUUUAACAGAAGCCAAGAAACAAAAGCUCAUCUCUGCAGAAUGUGCAGAUUUGCUUCUAGAGGCCCAGGCUGCCACAGGCCACAUAAUCAAUCCCAGAACUAAUCAGAAGCUAACUGUUGAUGAGGCAUGCUAUCAAGGUGUGGUUGACAUAAAGGACAGGGACAGGCUGAGAGCAGCAGAAGAAGCAGCUGUGGGGUUCAGCAGUCCCUCCUCAAACAAACCACUUUCAGUAUUUGAGGCCAUGAAGAAAGGAUUAACUGACAAGAACACAGCACUGCGCCUCCUUCAAGCCCAAGAGGCCACAGGAGGCAUCCUAGAUCCAGCAUACAGUGUGUUCCUCCCCGAAGACACGGCUGUUGAGCGUAACCUCAUUGAUGAUAACACACUUCGUGCUCUGAAUCAGAAGCCAAAGCUUUAUAUUGACCCAGAGACUGAAGAGGGUGAGACAUACAUGGCACUGAAGAGGAAAUGCAAGGUGGAGCUGAACACUAGCCUCCUGCUCCUUCCUGUCAAUGAGAAGGUAGAACUUGUCUUUGAUGGUGUUCGCAAACCUGUCACAGCCAAGCAGCUGGCUAAUUGUGAUGUGCUUGACAAACAAAUGCUGAAAGAUCUAGAGGAGGGAAAGAAAUCUGUCCCAGAGGUGGCUUCAGAUAAAAAGGUGUAUCUAAAGGGAAAUGGAUCAAUUGCUGGGGUGGCUGUUGGACCUUUAGAGAAAAUGUCUUUAACAGAAGCCAAGAAACAGAAGCUCAUCUCUGCAGAAUGUGCAGAUUUGCUUCUAGAGGCCCAGGCUGCCACAGGCCACAUAAUCAAUCCCAUUACUAAUCAGAAGCUAACUGUUGAUGAGGCAUGCGAUCAAGGUGUGGUUGACGAAGAGGACAGGGACAGGCUGAGAGCAGCAGAAGAAGCAGCUGUGGGAUACAGAGGUCCCUCCUCAAACAAACCACUUUCAGUAUUUGAGGCCAUGAAGAAAGGAUUAACUGACAAGAACACAGCACUGCGCCUCCUUCAAGCCCAAGAGGCCACAGGAGGCAUCCUAGAUCCAGCAUACAGUGUGUUCCUCCCCAAAGACACGGCUGUUGAGCGUAACCUCAUUGAUGAUAACACACUUCGUGCUCUGAAUCAGAAGCCAAAGCUUUAUAUUGACCCAGAGACUGAAGAGGGUGAGACAUACAUGGCACUGAAGAGGAAAUGCAAGGCGGAGCUGAACACAGGCCUCCUGCUCCUUCCUGUCACUGAGAAGGUAGAUUCCUCUAAACUUGUCUUUGAUGGUGUUCGCAAACCUGUCACAGCCAAGGAGCUGGCUGAUUGUGAUGUGCUUGACAAGCAAACGCUGAAAGAUCUAGAGGAGGGAAAGAAAUCUGUUCCAGAAGUGGCUUCAGAUAAAAAGGUGUAUCUAAAGGGAAAUGGAUCAAUUGCUGGGGUGGCAGUUGGACCUUUAGAGAAAAUGUCUUUAACAGAAGCCAAGAAACAGAAGCUCAUCUCUGCAGAAUGUGCAGAUUUGCUUCUAGAGGCCCAGGCUGCCACAGGCUACAUAAUCAAUCCCAGGACUAAUCAGAAGCUAACUGUUGAAGAGGCAUGCAGUCAAGGUGUGGUUGACAUAAAGGACAGGGACAGGUUGAGAGCAGCAGAAGAAGCAGCUGUGGGAUACAGAAGUCCCUCCUCAAACAAACCACUUUCAGUAUUUGAGGCCAUGAAGAAAGGAUUAACUGACAAGAACACAGCACUGCGCCUCCUUCAAGCCCAAGAGGCCACAGGAGGCAUCCUAGAUCCAGCAUACAGUGUGUUCCUCCCCAAAGACACGGCUGUUGAGCGUAACCUCAUUGAUGAUAACACACUUCGUGCUCUGAAUCAGAAGCCAAAGCUUUAUAUUGACCCAGAGACUGAAGAGGGUGAGACAUACAUGGCACUGAAGAGGAAAUGCAAGGCGGAGCUGAACACUGGCCUCCUGCUUCUUUCUGUCACUGAGAGGGUAGAUUCCUCUAAACUUGUCUUUGAUGGUGUUCGCAAACCUGUCACAGCCAAGGAGCUGGCUGAUUGUGAUGUGCUUGACAAGCAAACGCUGAAAGAUUUAGAGAAGGGGAAGAAAUCUGUUCCAGAAGUGGCUUUGGAUAAAAAGGUGUAUCUAAAAGGGACUGGAUCAAUUGCUGGGGUGGCAGCUGGACCAUUAGGGAAAAUGUCUUUAACAGAAGCCAAGAAACAGAAGGUCAUGUCUGCAGAAUGUGCAGAUUUGCUUCUAGAGGCCCAGGCAGCCACAGGCCACAUUAUUGACCCAAAAACCAAUGAAAAGCUUACAGUAGAGGAGGCAAGUACCAUGGGAGUGGUUGACAAUAAGGAUCGAGAUAGACUCUUAUCAGCAGAAGCUGCAGCUGUGGGCUUCAGAGAUCCCCGCACAGCUAAGCCACUAUCAUUGUAUGAAGCAAUGAAGAAGGGACUGAUUGACAAGAAGACUGGUCUACGUCUGUUGCAGGCUCAGGAGUCAACAGGUGGCAUUCUAGAUCCAAAUCUUAGUGUGUUCCUCCCCAGAGAUACGGCUAUAAAGCGCAACAUUUUGGAUGAAGACCUCUGCCAGGCCUUAAACAAGAAGCCUGAGUGCUACCUUGACCCAGAUACCCAACAAGGAACUUCCUAUAUUUCUCUGAAGAAAAAAUGCAAAGUAGAUCCAAGAACAGGGUUUCUGCUACUCCCUGAACCUAAAAAGCCAGUAACAGUCCAGGGUCUUCGGGACCAAGUGUCUGUUAUGGAUCUAGUGGAUGCAAAUCUGCUGAAAUAUUCCGAUAUGGACCAAUUGAGGGAGGGCAGAUUGACAAGCAAGGACAUUGAAGACCGCCUGCGCCCCUACCUAAGAGGUUCUACCUGCAUUGCAGGAAUUUAUGAUGAGGCCCAGGAUAAGGUGGUGCCCAUCUAUCAGGCCAUGAAAGAUGGAUUGUUGCGUCCUGGGACCACUUUGGAACUGCUUGAGGCCCAGGCUGCCUCUGGGUUUAUAGUUGAUCCUGUCAACAACCAGUACCUGAGUGUUAAUGAUGCCUACAAUAGGAGACUAUUUGGACCAGAGUAUAAGGAUAAGCUUCUAUCAGCAGAGAGGGCCGUGACUGGUUACAAUCUUCCUGGCACAGACAAAGUCAUCUCACUCUUUCAGGCCAUUGAAAGAGGUCUAGUGGAGAAAGGUCAUGGCAUCCGUCUGCUAGAGGCACAGAUAGCCAGCGGUGGUAUCAUUGACCCUGAACACAGCCAUCGUAUAGAUGUAAACGUAGCCUACAAGAAGGGUUACUUGGAUGAGAAAAUGAACAGGAUCCUGAGUAAUCCAAAUGCUGAUACCAAAGGUUUCUUUGACCCUAAUACAGAGGAAAACCUGACCUACAAGGAGCUUAAGCAGCGCUGUACCACAGAUAGAAAGACUGGCCUCAUCCUUCUGCCCAUCAUGGACAAGUCAAAGCAAGAGUCAACUCUGCGAAAGCGGAGAGUGAUCAUUGUUGACCCAGAGACCAACAGGGAGAUGACAGUACGUGAAGCAUAUGACAAAGGAUUGAUUGAUCACGACACAUUCUUGGAGCUGUCUCAGCAGGAGUGUGAGUGGGAGGAGAUCACCAUCACUGCUUCAGAUGGUUCCACAACGUUUCAGAUAGUUGACAAGAAGACAGGAAGACAGUAUGAUAUAACUGAGUUGCUUGAGAAGGGAGUUAUAAGUCAGUCAGAUCUAGACAAGUACAAAUCACGUACCAUCAACCUCACUCAGUUUGCUGACAUCAUAACAAACAGGACCAGAGGUGGUGGAUUAUCAUCAUCAACUUCAAGAUCAUCAGCAACCUCAGGUACAUCCUCAGUGACAUCUUUGUCAUCUUCUUCUUCCCGAACAUCAGCUUCCCCAGGUUCAUCCUCAUUGACCAUAUCAUCAUCUACUUCUUCUAGAACAUCGGCUUCCCCAACCACGUCGUCAGUGACAUCGUCAACCCUGAGAUCAGGAACCUCAGCACAACCAACAUUGACAUCUUCUUCCUCCUCUUCCUCAUCAGUCCAAACCAGACCCCUAUCACCAACCCUUACCAAGAUGACCACAACAAGAACUACUACUGUCACAGAACGAAGCUCCUCAUCAAGCAGCAUCCCUCAUGAUAUAACUGAUUCUCCCAGAAAUAUAGCCAGUGUCUCGAUCUCUCUGGCCUCCCCUGUUGUAACUAUAGGUGAACAGGAACCUGUAGGUGCAGUUUUUGACACUGAAACUUUGGAGAAGAUAUCCAUAACAGAGGCCCUAAAUCGUGGUUUGGUGGAUACUAUCACAGCCCAGAGACUGCUAGAGGCCCAGGCAUGCACCGGAGGAAUCAUCAAUCCUGCAAAUGGUCGAAGGCUUGGUAUAAUUGAGGCUUCACGUCUGGGCAUUAUAGAUGAUGACAUGGCCACCAAGCUCAAGCCUGCCCAGAAAGCUUACGUUGGUUUUGAGGAUUUGAAAACCAGGAGGAAGAUGUCAGCUGCUGAGGCAAUGAAGGAGACAUGGCUUCCUUAUGAGGCAGGGCACAGGUUCCUGGAGUUCCAGUAUGUAACCGGAGGGUUUCAUGACCCAGAAGUUGGCUGUAGAAGAUCUGUGCAAGACGCUUUGCAAAUGGGCUGGCUGAAUGAGAAAUCAGCUCAGAAGCUUCAAGACUUCAAGAGGCACACCAAGAACCUGACAUGUCCCAAGACCAAACUUAAGAUCUCAUACAAGGAGGCUCUGGAUAAUUGCAUGUCAGAGGAAAGCACUGGAGUUCGAAUGCUUCCUGCAUCGUCUAUAUCUUCCAGUGGAAUCAGCAGUCCUUACAACGUGUCCUCUGCCCCUGGAUCAGCCCAUGGCUCCAGGAGUGGCUCUCGAAGGGGCUCCCGAAGAAGUAGUCUUGACUUAGGCUCACCUAUCUCAACAACUACUCGCUACACCUUCUCUUCCUACGGCUCCACCUCCAGUAAUAAAGAGUAUUUCAACUAACAAGACAACAACACUGUUGCUGAAAAGUCUGAAAUGAUAAUUUAGCUUUCUGCAUUGGUUAAAGCUUUGGUGUUGCUAUUCUCUUAAAAAUGUAAAGAUCUGCACAAUUCUGGCACAAUAUUUUAAUAAUAAUUUGGAUUAUCAGUUACAUAACGCUUAACGUAUUUGGAAUAAAAACCAAAUGAAUUCUGAUUAAAUAUAUAUCGUUUUCUAUCAUAAAGGCUUAGCAAUGACUGCCAUAUUUCUGCAUGCAUAUAACUGACACAAAUAUUUCCUAUCUUUUUGAGUAAUUCCUUUAAAGCUUUGCAUUGGUGUUAUAAUGGUUUUAUUUGACAAUUAAUAAAUGCCUAUUUUGUGAGGGGCGGGGAAUGCAAACUGGGGUUACAAAUACUGACACUAGUUUUUUACUCAGUCAUAAUCAUUGGGUUCUUGCUGAUAAGUGCUACUGGUUUUGUAACAGUUUCUGAAUAUAUCAAAAUAAAAGAGUCUUUUGCUCA